UAAGACGCACAGUUUUGAACGCGAGUUCGUGCAGUUUACGUCAUCUUCAUGCGACGCAACUUUUAUACUUCAUCGCAAGCGAGUAGUAAGCUAACAAGCUGCGUUUGUUUUCACAGAAUGGCGUCCUCAAAGAAGGGGAAGAAAGUUGUGAAUCAAGAGGAACUCCGGCGCUUGAUGAGGGCGAAACAAAGACAAACAACAGACAAGAAGCGCGUGGAGUCUCCUUUCGCUAAAUACAACAGUCUCGACCACCUCAGCUGCACUCUGUGUAACGCGCAGGUGAAGUCCGAGCUGCUGUGGCCGGCGCAUGUUCUCGGAAAACAGCACAAAGAGAAAGUAGCCGAGCUGAAGGGAGGAAAGAGUCAAUCAAUGCCACCACCACAGAUGCUACCAGUGAAGAGGAAAGCACCGGAUAACGUGGACGUGAGCGGGAAAAAGGCGAAAAAACCCUCAUCGAGUGCAGCAGCUCAGUCUGCGUCGUCGGGGCUGCCUGCAGAUUUCUUUGAGAAACCCACAGAAAAGGGAGCUGUUUCUGCUCAAGAAUCUACAUCUUUGAGUGUGUUGGCUGGAGUUUAUGAUGAAGAGGAUGAUGCAGAAGCUGCAGGAGAUGCAGGAACCACAGACCAACCUCCUGAAAAGGCUGAAGCUGCUGCAGGACUACCAGAUGACUUCUUUGACAGCUCCAUCCCAUCCACACCUUCCAUCUCCCACUCAGGAUCCAUCCUCAAAGCAGACGUGCAGGAGAAGAGCACAGAGAAGAAAGAAAACACAGCCGAGGCGCUGCCGGAGGGCUUCUUUGACGACCCCGUGAGAGAUGCGAAAGUGCGCAAAGUAGACGCACCCAAAGAUCAAAUGGACAAGGAGUGGGAAGAGUUUCAGAAGGAGAUCCGACAGGUGAACACAAAGUCAGAGGCCAUCGUGGCAGAGGACGACGAGGAGGGUCGCCUCGAACGACAGAUUGACGAAAUCGAUGAACAAAUUGAGUGUUACAAGAGGGUUGAAGUGCUGAGAGACAAGCGGGAGGUUGUGAAGAGCAAGCAUCUGCCCAGUCAGGACGAACCUAUGGAGGUAGAUGCAGGUGAUGAGGAAGAAGAGGAUGAAGAGGAGCUGCUGGGGCUUCUGGCUCGGGACUGGAGGGCUAAAGGGGCACUGGCCUAAGUCUCUCUAAGAGCUCAUAUACAUGUGAAAAAAGAAGUGUCUUUUUUUUGUAAAAGGCUAUAUCAGCAAUCCAACAAUUGUAAAUAUGUUUGCUUUGCCACCUCGUUUUGUAUGUUUCAGACUGGAUUAAAUGUGAUGCAUUGUUGGUCAACUUUGUUGUAAAAACAUUGCUUAGACAAGCUUUCUCAGUUCAUGACAAUGUGGCAGUAUAGGCAGAAUAUUUUUGGCAUCAUUGGGUAAAAAUUCCAUAAUAAUCUUUCAGCAUAUUGUAAUUCAAGUGUUCUGAGAGA